AUGGGAAAUUGGGGUGAUCUUUUCGGCUUUGACCGCCGCAGAGCAAACCACCGCGUUCAUGUAGAGCGACGACGACUUCUCCCCGCGUAUGCUGCCGAUGAGCCACAAUCCUUGGAGUCCUCAAAGGAGAUCGCCAAAGUUGCGCUGCGCUUGAAAUACCAAAUUGAGCAACUGGUCGCUUGUGAGGUUGAGGAGAGUGUCCUGACCGACCCUAACAGUCGCAUUAUCACAGACAAUGUGAUCAAGACCGCCAAAAACGCCGGCGGUGAAGAUUACAAGGCCUGUGUUGUCUACUGUCUUCUGACGUGUCUGCGAUGGUUCCAGAUCCAGGCCUCUGUGGAGCUCUGGGAUGCGGAUCUCCACGAAGGUCGAGCUGUAGCUUGUGAGGUCAUCGCCAAGCGCAUGUAUAAUUCCCCCAUCGGGCACACUCCCAAGAGCAUUGUUACUAAUCAGUUAUGUAGCAUUGAGAGCGAGCAAGAUCAGAAAUAUCUGCUUAAAUUUAUCCUUCUUAAGCGUUACUCUAUCUUUGUUGAAGGUGAAGAGACGGAUCCUGCCAAUGUGAUCGAGCGCUCGGUGGACCUCCACGCGCUGAGAGUCAUCAGCUCUGCUGGAUACCAGAAAUGUAUCACGUACCUGUGGCAAGGCUGGAUCUGUCAGGAAGAAGGCAAUCCGACCAAUUUCAUCGAGUACGCUGAUAAGUCGAACUCUGACUACUGGACUCAUUUCCACCCCGACCGGAUGCGCACCCCUGUUUAUCAGAAUGUGUGCCAGAUCGUGUUUUCUCUGAUAUAUCUCGCGCUGUACACAGCUGUGAUCAAUACUGUCAACCCUACCGGCGAUCUUGACAUUGUCGAGUGUAUUCUUUACACGAUGACCCUUGCGUUCAUCUGCGACGAAGCUGUCAAAUUCUGGAAGGUGGGCUGGAACUAUCUCGAGUUCUGGAACGCCUUCAACUCUACUCUUUACGCCCUGCUGGCGAUAUCAUUCUUCAUGCGCGUGGUUGCAUUGGCUCAUUCACCCUUGAAUCAUGAUGAAAAACGGCAGUUCUUCAAUGAGCUAAGUUACAACUUCCUAGCUUUUGCCGGUCCAAUGUUCUGGAUGCGCAUGAUGCUCUACUUGGACUCGUUCCGCUUCUUCGGUGCUAUGUUCGUGGUGCUGCGUGUUAUGAUGAAAGAGAGCUUGAUCUUCUUUGCUCUUCUGUUCGUGGUUCUAGCUGGUUUCUUCCAGGCUUUCAUUGGAAUGGCUCAGGUUGACGACGAUGUUGAUAUCGUCAGACCCAUUAUCCAAGGCAUGGCGAACACCGUGAUGCAGAGCCCUGAGUUUGAUACUUUCCAGGACUUUGCAUACCCCUUCGGAAUCAUCCUCUACUACAUCUUCAAUUUUGUUGUCAUGAUCGUCCUAUUGAACAUCCUCAUCGCGCUGUACAACAGUGCGUAUGAAGACAUCUCCGGCAACGCCACCGACGAGUACAUGGCCAUCUUCGCCCAGAAGACCAUGCAAUUCGUCCGUGCUCCCGAUGAGAAUGUGUUCAUUCCACCCUUCAAUCUGAUUGAGAUUCUGGGUCUUGUUGCUCCAUUUGAAUGGUGGCUCUCGCGAAAGCAUUAUGCCAAGCUCAACGACAUCGUGAUGGGUAUCAUCUACUCGCCCCUUCUCGUCAUCACUGCUUGGAUUGAGACCCGCCAGGCGGAGGCUAUCAAAUGGAAUCGUCGUCACGGGGAGGAGGACGAGAAUGACACCCAAGAAUGGGAACACGUGGCUGAGGAAGUUGACUUUGACCUCAAUGAUAACUGGAAGGAAGAAGUGAAGCAGAACACUCCUGAUAUCAAGGCUGACCCUUGCACCGCGGAGAUUCGGGAGUUGAAGGAACAGGUUGCUGUAUUGACGGAUGUGCCGUUUCCUGGUCCCUAUUCGUGGUCCUCCGCUGCCAUCAUGGCGAAACUCACAGACGACCCUCAGAUUCAACAUGCGUCCCUGCAUAAUCCCCUCUCGAUUCAAUUGCAUACAUACGUAUGGCCGUUUUUGAUUAUUUGGCCGGCGUUUUUCGCCUUUUACCUCUCCCCUGAUCGCUAUGACACGUAUAUCCAGGGCCAGGAGUGGACCUUCGUCUUUGCGGGGUCUAUCAUCACGGCGCAGUCGCUGCUGUGGUUGAUGACCAAAUGGAACAUUAACAUUAGCACCUUGUUCACCACUACCUCCGCCAAGUCUGUUGAUACUGCCCGCCUCAUCAAGGUCAUUCCCAUCACCAACGCCGGUUCCGCCGAGAUCUGCCCUUUGAUUCGUGAGAGCGCUGGUGGAAAGAAGACUCUGUCGUUCCUGUUUCAGAAGCGCCGUUUCCUCUUCUACCCCGAGACUCGUACCUUCGCCCCCCUGUCCUACGUCCUCGAUGCGGAGCCCAAGCCCGCCCUCAAGUACUUCCAGCAGAGCACGGGUCUUACCACUAAGGCCGAGAUUGAUCGCAUCCAGCAUCACUAUGGUGAUAACACCUUCGAUAUCCCCGUUCCUACCUUCGUCGAGCUCUUCCAGGAGCAUGCGGUGGCACCGUUCUUCGUUUUCCAGGUAUUUUGCGUCGGACUCUGGAUGCUGGACGAAUACUGGUACUACUCGCUGUUCACGCUUUUCAUGCUUGUUGCUUUUGAAAGCACCGUGGUGUGGCAACGUCAGAGGACCCUCAGCGAGUUCCGUGGAAUGAACAUCAAACCCUACGAUGUUUGGGUCUACCGCGAGAACAAGUGGUCGGAAAUCACUAGUGAUAAGCUUCUCCCCGGCGAUUUGAUGUCUGUCAGCCGCACCAAGGAGGAUGGCGGUGUUGCUUGUGAUAUUCUCUUGAUUGAGGGUAGUGUCAUAGUGAACGAGGCUAUGCUUUCUGGUGAAAGUACCCCGCUUCUGAAGGAAUCCGUUCAGCUUCGCCCUGGAAAUGAUCUGAUUGAGCCAGAAGCUCUGGACAAGAACUCGUUUGUGCAUGGUGGUACCAAGGUUCUCCAGAUCACUCACCCUAGCGCCGCAAAUGGAGAUAAUGCUCUGAAGAACCUGGCUGCUGGUCUUACCAGUCCUCCCGACAACGGUGCCAUUGGCGUGGUCGUCAAGACUGGAUUCGAAACUAGCCAAGGUAGCCUGGUGCGCACUAUGAUCUACUCUACCGAGCGUGUCUCUGCCAACAACGUCGAGGCUCUGCUGUUCAUCCUGUUCCUCCUGAUUUUCGCAAUUGCGGCUUCCUGGUACGUGUGGAAAGAGGGUGUUUCCCAGGACCGUAAGCGCUCCAAGCUUCUUCUGGACUGUGUCCUCAUCGUCACAAGUGUCGUACCCCCGGAGCUUCCCAUGGAGCUGAGCUUGGCUGUUAACACUAGUCUUGCUGCCCUGAGCAAGUAUGCUAUCUUCUGUACCGAACCCUUCCGUAUUCCUUUUGCUGGACGCGUGGAUAUUGCUUGCUUUGACAAGACGGGUACCCUGACUGGCGAGGACCUUCUCGUGGACGGUAUUGCUGGUCUCACUCUGGGACGGACCGGUGCCAAGGUUGAAGCUGAUGGUGCUCACUCUGAUUUGGCAAAGACUGGGGCUGUUGGAUCCGAAACCACUCUUGUUCUUGCCAGUGCUCACGCCCUGGUGAAGUUGGAUGAGGGUGACGUCGUUGGUGACCCCAUGGAGAAGGUUGCUUUGGAAUGGCUCGGUUGGACUCUUGGCAAGAAAGACAUUUUGACCAGCAAGGGCAAUGCCCCUGUUGUUUUCGACCGGCCUGUUGAAUCUGUUCAGGUCAAGAGAAGAUUCCAGUUUUCCUCCGCCCUGAAGCGCCAGAGCACCAUCGCGACUAUUACCACCAACGAGCCCAAGACCUCGAAGAAGAGCAAAGCUACUUUUGUCAGUGUCAAGGGUGCUCCUGAGACGAUCAGCACCAUGCUUGUCAACCUGCCUCCUAACUAUGAAGAGACAUACAAGCACUUCACUCGCAAUGGUGCCCGUGUUCUCGCUCUGGCCUACAAGUAUCUCUCCACCGAAUCGGAACUGUCUCAAAACCGCAUCAACAACUACAUUCGUGAGGAGAUUGAGUCCGAUCUGAUCUUCGCCGGUUUCCUUGUACUCCAGUGUCCCCUAAAGGAUGACGCUAUCAAGUCCGUUCGCAUGCUAAACGAAAGUAGCCACCGUGUUGUCAUGAUUACCGGUGACAACCCGCUGACUGCUUGCCAUGUUGCCCGCCAGGUUGAGAUUGUGGAUCGCGAGGUGGUUAUUCUUGAUGCCCCCGAGCACGAUACCUCCGGUACUCGGGUUGUCUGGCGUACCAUCGACGAUAAGCUUAACAUCGAUGUUGACCCCACCCAGCCUCUGGACCCCGAGAUUCUGAAGACCAAGGAUAUCUGUAUCACCGGUUACGCUCUGGCCAAGUUCAAGGACCAGAAGGCCCUGCCCGACCUCCUUCGCCACACCUGGGUCUACGCUCGUGUGUCUCCCAAGCAAAAGGAAGAUAUUUUGCUUGGCCUCAAGGACGCUGGCUACACUACUCUGAUGUGCGGUGACGGUACCAACGAUGUCGGUGCUCUGAAGCAGGCUCACGUUGGUGUUGCUCUCCUGAAUGGAUCUCCCGAAGACUUGACCAAGAUUGCCGAGCACUACCGAACUACCAAGAUGAAGGAGCUGUACGAGAAGCAGUGCGGCAUGAUGAAGAAGUUCAACCAGCCCGCGCCCCCUGUGCCUGUGCAGAUUGCCCACCUUUACCCCCCUGGUCCCUCCAACCCCAACUACCUGAAGGCCAUGGAGCGUGAGGCUCAGAAGAAGGGUGCCAAGCCCGGCGAAGAGAUCCCUACUAUCACCUCGCCUGGUGCCCAGGCUUUGCAGACGUCCCAGAACAUGACUCAUCAGCAGAGACAGCAGCAGGCCCAGGCUGCUGCCGCUGGAUUUGCCGACAAGCUCACCUCUUCUAUGUUGGAGCAGGAGCUGGAUGACAGCGAGCCACCUACGAUUAAGUUGGGUGAUGCUUCUUGUGCUGCGCCGUUCACCAGCAAGCUGGCUAACGUCAUUGCCAUCCCCAACAUUAUUCGCCAGGGCCGUUGCACUUUGGUCGCCACUAUCCAGAUGUAUAAAAUUCUUGCUUUGAACUGCCUGAUUAGCGCCUACAGUCUGAGUGUUAUUUACUUGGAUGGUAUUAAAUUUGGUGACGGUCAGGUCACCAUCAGCGGUAUGCUGAUGAGUGUUUGCUUCCUGUCUAUCUCUCGCGCCAAGUCGGUCGAGGGUCUGUCCAAGGAACGCCCGCAGCCAAAUAUCUUCAACGUGUAUAUCAUUGGCUCCGUUCUUGGACAAUUCGCUAUCCACAUUGUCACUUUGAUCUACCUCUCCAGAUACGUGUAUUCCAUUGAGCCGAGAUCCGACAAAAUCGACCUCGAGGGCGAGUUCGAGCCGUCCCUUCUGAACAGUGCCAUCUACCUCCUCCAGCUGAUCCAGCAGAUCUCCACCUUCUCGAUCAACUACCAGGGCCGUCCCUUCCGCGAGUCUAUCCGCGAGAACAAGGCGAUGUACUGGGGUCUGGUCGCCGCCUCUGGUGUUGCCUUCUCUUGCGCCACUGAGUUCGUGCCCGAGAUCAACGAGAAGCUGCGUCUGGUGCCAUUCAGCAACGAGUUCAAGAUGACGCUGACUGUACUGAUGAUCUUCGAUUACGGUGGUUGUUGGCUCAUUGAGAAUGUCUUGAAGAGCUUUUUCAGUGACUUCCAUCCUAAGGACAUCGCUGUCCGUCGCCCUGACCAGCUCGUCCGUGAGACUGAGCGUAAGGCGAAGGAGCUGCAGGAGGCCGAGGCUGAGAAAGAGCAGCAGAGAAAGAUUUAA